CACUAAUCACGCUGGCCACCGAUUUCUCAAUGCCAGGAUUAACGGCAGAAAAGCCUAAUUUGAACAACGCUUUCCUUCUUUUGGUGCAAGCAUCCGGGCUCGGAUACCCCUCGGAAGCAGUUAUGCACGCCGGAAACCCCUCCUGGCCACUAAUCACUAAUCAUGACCAGCGGCCGAGCACACCCUUAG